GGGCGAGAGCACAGGCGCAAGCGCCGGAGUGGCCAGGAGGCGUAGACAGACCGGGUGCGCGCGCCCGCGCGCGCGUAGCCCCGCGUGCGGUCCCAAUCUACCUGGCUCUCCGCCUGUCCCGCUCAGCUCUUGCGGCUCCACCUUGUCCAGUCUGGCUAUGGGCGCGGGCUCGGUGCCGGCGCGCUACCUCGUGUACUUCCAAUACUUGGGAACGGACUUUAACGGGGUCGCGGCCGUCAGGGGCGUCCAGCGCGCCGUCGGAGUCCAGAACUACCUAGAGGAGGCCGCAGAGCGGCUGAACUCGGUGGUGCCGGUAAAGUUCACCAUUUCCAGCCGCACGGAUGCUGGGGUCCACGCCCUAAGUAACGCGGCGCACCUGGACAUCCAGCGCCGCUCAGAUCUGCCACCCUUCUCCCCUGAGGUCCUGACGGAAGCCCUCAACACCCACCUGAAGCACCCUGCAAUCAGGGUGCUACAGGCCUUCCGUGUACCCAGCCACUUCCAUGCCCGCCAUGCAGCCAUAUCCAGGACCUACCUGUACCGCCUAGCUACCGGCUGCCCCAGGCCUGACAGGCUGCCUGUAUUUGAACGAAACCGGUGCUGGGCACUUCAGGCAGACUGCUUGGAUGUGGCUGCCAUGCAGGAAGCCGCCCAGCACCUCCUGGGGACACAUGACUUCAGUGCCUUCCAGUCCGCUGGCAGCCCAGCCUCCAGCCCGGUGCGCACCUUGCGCCGGGCCUCUGUGUCCCCCGACCCCACCAGCCCCUUUGUCCUCCCCGAGGAAAGCAGGCAGUUGCAGUUCUGGAGCCUGGAGUUUGAGAGCCAGUCCUUCCUGUACAAACAGGUGCGGAGAAUGACUGCUGUGCUUGUAGCCGUGGGGCUGGGGGCUUUGAUGCCUGCUCAGGUGAAAGCCAUUCUGGACAGCCGGGACCCCCUGGGGAAACACCAGAGCCGAGUGGCCCCUGCCCAUGGCUUGUUCUUGAAGUCGGUGCUCUACGAAGGCCUUGGUCCCACCUCCAUGCAGCCUCCUCGCAGGCCCUCAGAGACCCAGUACAGAAGUCACAGGUAACCCUCUGCUGCUCCGCUGCUUGACCCUGCCCUGCACCGUGCAGCGACCACAGCAAGCCUGCCACAAGUCCCCACCUCCCUGGGCGCCUGCCCAGGUGGGUUGCCAGAGUGGUGGUGCAGGAGACAGGUGGAAGCAUCAGAAAGGGAGACGCCCAGACAGCCUGUGGUGGUUUUUAUUGGAGAUCAACACCCCAAGAGCCCCCACCCAUCUCCUGGGAGGCCAGGAGUAGAAAUAAAAGGUGAAAAGCC